CUUGUUUUUUAUUCUUAAUUUAUUUUCUCUGCUGAGUUUUGAGCGAAUCUCCGCCGUGAAGUUUGAGCUCCGUUUGUUUGUUCCGCUCGUUCCUGCCGCGUCACGCCGCCGCGACCUCCCGCCUCUCUUUACGGCAGUGUUGUUUACAUGUUAGCUCGGUGCUAAGCUAACUGAGCAUCUCUCUCUCUCUCUCUCUCUCUCUCUCUCUCUCUCUCUCUCUCUCUCUCUCUCUCUCUCUCUCUCUCUCUCUCCAUCUCUCUCUCUCUCUGUCUCUUAUAGUUUAACAUGUGACGUUUUUUACUGUGUUUCUAAUAUCGUUUGAAAAGCGGAGCUGUCAAACCCCAAAACCUUAAAGUUUCACUGAACUCCUGAAACUAAACUACUUUUACUGCUAAUUCAAGUACUUCAACCACUUCUACUGCUACUACAUCGAGUACUACUUCAGGUGACGCUCUCAGUUUGCAGCCAUGUCCUCCAAGAAGAAGCAGGGCGGCGGCGGCGGCGUCAAGGAGGACGAGCGCUUCCUGCGGGUGCAGAAGGACCCGCGCUUCUGGGAAAUGCCCGAGAGAGAAAUCAAGGUGAAGAUCGACAAGCGCUUCCAGUCCAUGUUCACCGACAAGCGCUUCAAGGUGAAAUACACGGUGGACAAACGAGGCCGCCCCAUCAACCACACCUCCACCGAGGACCUGAGACGCUUCUACAAGCUGUCCGACUCAGAGGAGGAGGAGGAGGAGGAGGAGGAGGAGGAGAGGAAGAAGAAGAAGAAGAAGAAGAAGGUGAGAGAGAAGUCGGAGCGGGCGGUCGAGGCUGAGAAAGAGCUGAAGAAAGGAAAGAAAGCGAGAGCGGAGCAGCCGACACGAGGAGUCCGGGUUCUACAGGAAGAUGAAGAUGAUGACGAUGAAGAUGAUGAUGAGGAGGAGCAAGCAGCAGACAGAGAGGAGCUGGGAGACAGCAUGACAGACGGCAGUGAGGAGGAGGAGGAGGAUGAUGAUGAUGUGGAGGCGGAGUCUGGUUCAGAGGAGGCGGAGUCUGGUUCAGAGGAGGCGGAGUCAGGCGUGGACUCUUCCUCGUCGGAGGAGGACAGCGACAGCGAGCUGGACCUGGCCAGGGGGAAGGGCAACAUCGAGACCAGCUCUGACGAGGACGAGGAGGACGACGUGGACGAGAUCCUGCGGCGCGAGGAAGAGGAGAUCGAGCACGACUGGGGCGAGCUGUGCAAGGACGCGCGGCGCGGCGACGAGGUCUCCUCGCGGCUCGCGCUCUGCAACAUGGACUGGGACAGGAUCAAAGCCAAAGACCUGCUGGCUUUGUUCAGCUCCUUCAAACCCAAAGGAGGCGUCGUGCUCUCCGUGAAGAUCUACCCGUCAGAGUUUGGGAAGGAGAGGAUGCAGCUGGAGGAGACGCAGGGCCCGCUGGAGCUCCGGGCCCUGCCGGACGACACCGACGACGACACCGAGGAGGACAGGGUUUACAGGGAGAAGAUGCGGGACUACCAGUUCAAGCGUCUGAAGUAUUACUACGCCGUGGUGGAGUGCGACUCGGCCGACACCGCCGCCAAGAUCUACGAGGAGUGCGACGGCUUCGAGUACGAGAGCAGCUGCUCGGUGCUCGACCUGCGGUUCAUCCCUGAUGACGUGGCGUUUGAGGACGAGCCCAGAGACGUGGCGUCAGACGUGGACCUGUCGGCGUACACGCCCAAACUGUUCACCUCGUCGGCCACGGCCACGUCCAAGGUGCAGCUGACGUGGGACGAGACGGACCACGAGCGCGUGACCGCCAUGAGCAGGAAGUUCAACAAGAACGAGCUGCUGGACAUGGACUUCAACGCCUACCUGGCCUCGUCCAGCGAGGAAGACGAGGAGGAGGAGGAGCAGGAGGUGAACGGAGACGCUGACGAGACGGCAGAAGCGGAGCCGCCAGAAGAGGGCGCCGCCGAGAUCAAACCACCAGAGGAAGAAAAGAGGAAGAAGACGAUGAAGAAGAACAGCGCCGAGCAGAUCGCCAAGUACCGAGAGAUCCUGAAGAGCAUCCAGGAGAAGGACAGGAAGCUGCAGGAGGACAAGGACAUGGAGAUGGAGAUCACCUGGGUGCCAGGGCUGAAGGAGACGACGGAGCAGCUGGUGAAGAAGAAGCUGGAGGGCAGCGAGCAGCUGACGCCCUGGGAGGAGUUUCUGCAGAAGAAGAAGGACAAGAAGAAGCAGAAGAAAGCCAGAAAGAAGCAGGCGGAGGCCGAGUCGCAGCUCAGCGACGACGAGCUUCCUCCAGACGUCGACCUCAGCGACCCGUUCUUCGCCGAGGAGCUCGGAGCUGCAGGAGCCGAGCAGAGGAGCCAAACCAAGGGCAAGAAGAAGAAGAAGAAGAAGAAGGAGGAGGAGGAAGAGGAGGAGCGCACGGCGGAGGAGGAAGAGGAGCUGCAGAAACAAAAGGCCGAGAUGGCCCUGCUGAUGGAGGACGAGGACGACGCCAAACACAAACACUUCAACUACGACAAGAUCGUGGAGCAGCAGAACCUGAGCAAGAGGAAGAGGAAGAAGCUGCAGAAGAAGAGCGAGGAGCCGCUGGAGGACGACGACUUCCAGGUGGACGUGGAAGACCCUCGUUUCCAGGCCAUGUUCACCUCCCACCUGUUCAACCUGGACCCGUCCCACCCCGGCUACAAGAACACUAAGGCCACCCGCAGCAUCCAGGCCGAGAAGCAGCGCCGCCGCCAGCAGCAGCAGCGCCACCUGGAGGAGGAGCUCGGCAAACAGGAAGCCAGCAGGGGCAAACAGGAAGCCGGUGCCGGGAAACAGGAGGAGGCGUCUGUGUCGGCGCCCAAGAAGACGAUGGAUCCCAGCCUGUCUCUGCUGGUCAAGUCCAUCAAGAGCAAGACGGAGCAGUUCCAGGCCCGGAAGAAGCAGAAGGUCGUGUAGCUCAGAGCUGCACACGGACCGCUGCCAUGACAAUAAUGUUAAUAUUAAUAUUAAUAUCACAAAAACUCCUGUGGCCUCUGAGCUCAGCGGCUGUUUUGUGCUAAAAGAGUCCCAGCAGCUGUUUCCCACCGGAGCUGCUCUCCAACUUUUUAUAUUGUUUUGUUUUUUUGUACAGGAAGAAUUGUAUCAUCUUUGUAUCGUCAAAAUGUGAAUAUAAAAUACAUCCUGCUGCCCUAGA